AUGGAAACUACAACAGUUGCUGAGAAGUCUCUUGAGAUAAAAUUGAAUGAAAACAAUCACAGUAAAGGUCGUGAAGUAAAGGGAAAAAGAGGAAAAAACAAAUUUGGAAAAGAAAAAAAGAAUAAUGAUGAUAAACCAAGAGAACCUUAUCAACCAAUUAUUCGUGAUAAUCAAACUUUAACAAAAUAUUAUGAAAAACAAAAUUUACUAUCAAAAGAAGAAUUUGGUGAAUUUAUGAAUACAUUAACUCUUGAUUUACCUACAGCUUUUCGUGUAAAUAAUUGCACACCCGAAAGAUUCAAAGUUAAUGAACGUAUUCAACAAUUUAUUAAGGAUCUCCGAGAUUCUGGUGUAGCAGAGAAUCAUUUACCUAAAGAAGUUGAAUGGAUGCCAUUUACAUAUACAAUGAGUGUUUCAAGAAAUGAUGUUCGUUCUCAUCCAUUAUUAAAAAGUUUCCAUAAUUUCCUUGUAAAUGAAGCUGAAGUUGGUCAUAUUUCUAGGCAAGAAUUAGUAUCUAUGAUACCACCAUUAUUGAUGGACUUAAAAUCUGAUCAUGAUGUUUUGGAUAUGUGUGCCGCUCCAGGUUCUAAAACACAACAAAUUAUUGAACAACUUCAUAUUGAGACAGACAAUCCAGAGGGUCUUGUUGUUGCUAAUGAUGCUGAUUACCAAAGAUGUCAUUUGUUGGUUCAUCAAACAUUGAAACGUAUGCCUUCUGCCUGUACUGUUGUUAUUAAUGAAGAUGCAAGUAUUAUGCCUAAAAUGAUUGGACCUGAUGGUGAACCUUUAUAUUUUGAUAGAAUUCUUUGUGAUGUUAUUUGUUCUGGAGACGGUACUUUUAGAAAAAAUUUAGGUAUGUGGAAAGACUGGAGUCCAUUGAAAGCAAUUUCACUACAUAAAUUACAGGUAUCAAUUGCUAGAAGAGGUUUAGAAUUAUUAAAAGAAGGUGGAUUAAUGGUUUACUCAACAUGCUCAUUAAAUCCAAUAGAAGAUGAAGCAGUUUUAGCAUAUUUAUUACAAAUGUUUAAUGGUUCUAUUGAAUUAGUUGAUGUUAGUGAUAAGUUAGUUGGUCUUAAAAGAUCACCAGGUGUUAAUACAUGGAAAGUUCUUGACAAAGAUAUGAAUGAAUAUUCUAAAUAUGAAGAUGUACCAGAAUUUUUGAGAACUGCCAUAAAGCCAUCAUAUUUUCCUCCAUCAGAAGAUGUAUGUAAAAAUCUUAAUUUAAAUAGAAGUUUUCGUGUCUUUCCACACCAACAAAAUACCGGUGGUUUCUUUAUUGCUGUUUUGAAAAAAGUUUCAAAAAUUGAUGGAUCUGGUACUAAUUAUAUUAGUCGUAAUGUUGGAAAAAUUAUCAAGUCUAGUAGACGUUUUAGUUAUCGUGAUGAUCCUUUCAUUUUUAUUGAUAAUAUGGAUGAUGAUUUAAAAAAUAUUUCUACUUGUUAUGGCAUUGAUUACUCCAAAUUUAAAUGGUCAAAUUUAUUAACUAGAUCUGUUAAAGAAUCUAAUAAAAAAGGAAUUUAUUAUGCAAAUGAUAGAUUAAAAAGUUUCUUACAAAAGAAUGAAAAAAUUGUUAAACUUGUAAAUGGGGGAUUAAAAUUGUUUAAUCGUUGUGAUAAAGUUGGUGUUUGUCGUUAUAGAUUAAUGCAUGAUGGAAUGCGUAUGGUUAAAAAUAUUAUUACUCAACGCCUUCUUGAAGUUCCAUUAAGUGAUUUGGUAAAAAUAUUACAUGGUAAAGAUGGUGCAGCAAAUAUACCUUUAGAAGAACUUGAUAGUGAAAAAAUGAUAAGAGAUCUUAAAGCAGGUAGUUUAGUUAUAAUGGCUAAUAUUGGAAAUGGAAUUAAAAUUCCUAUUUGUGCCUGGUGUGGAGAAAAAACUGUUAGCCCAUUUAUAUGUAAAGAAGAAAGAAUUCAUAUUUUACGAUUACUUGGUGAAGAUAUCUCUCAAAUGGAGUUAGAUAGAGAAACAAAAAGAAGAGAAAAAGGUACCAAAAGAUUUGCUGAUGAAAAUAAAGGUGGAGAGGAUGCAGUUAAAGUCAAAGAAAUUGCUUCCUCAUGA